AUGGCAACAGUCGUCACCGAAAAACUCAGCCGCCUCUUCGUUAACGCGCGGCAGGUCCCUCAGCUGCUGGCUCCCCUCUCUCCCUCCACCGUCAGCAGUUCGGAGGUGCCGAAGGUCUUCUGGAAGCCCUACAUCCACACCGGCUACCGCAUGAACGUCUGGACCCACCUGGUAGCAGCGCUGAUCUUGCUGCUGCGUUUCCAGCAGCUCUGGCAGCGGGUGGAUUUUGGACAGGACCUGCACGCCCAACCCCUCCUCAUCAUCAUCGUGGCGUCCAUCACCUACCUGACGUUCAGCACCCUCGCUCACCUUCUGCAGGCCAAAUCGGAGUUCUGGCACUACAGUUUCUUCUUCAUGGACUACGUGGGGGUCACCGUUUACCAGUACGGCAGCGCUCUGGGCCACUACUACUACGCCAUCGAGCCAAGCUGGCACGAGAAGAUCCAAGGGUUUUACAUGCCAGUGGCCGUCCUGUUGGCGUGGCUGUCCUGCGCCGGCUCCUGCUACGCCAAGUACCGGUACCAGCAGUCCGCUCACCUUCUGAGCCGGCUCUGCCAGGAGCUGCCCUCCGGCCUGGCGUACAUGCUGGACAUCAGCCCCGUGGUCCACCGCAUCUACACCGCGCCGCCCUCCAAGCAGGCUGACCCGGCCCUUCUCUAUCACAAAUGCCAGGUGGUGUUUUUCCUCAUCGGUGCCUUUUUUUUCUCACACCCUUACCCCGAGAAGUGGUUCCCUGGGAAGUGUCACUUCUUUGGGCAGAGCCAUCAGAUUUUCCACGUGUGCCUGGUGCUCUGCACGCUGGCGCAGAUCGAGGCGGUGGUGUUGGACUAUGAGUCCCGGCGACAGAUCUAUUCCACGCUUCAGGGUGAUUUGGCGCACGACUUCUCCGCCCUGUGCCUCUUCACUGUCGCCUGCUCUGUCCUCACAGCCGCUUACAUGGCCCGGAAGGUGAAGAACCAGCUGAGCUUCAAAGAGGAGUGA